GUUUCAGAAUUUGAAGAAUCAGAUAAUGACCACUAAUUUGUGGGUGGAACAGUCAUGGUAUGACUAUAAACUGAGAUGGGAGCCCAAAGAAUACGGAGGAGUUCAUAUGCUCCAUGUACCUUCGGAUCAUAUAUGGAGGCCAGACAUUGUUCUCUACAAUAACGCAGACGGCAAUUUCGAGGUUACGCUGGCCACGAAGGCCACCAUCUACCACCAAGGCCUGGUCGAAUGGAAACCGCCUGCUAUUUACAAGUCUUCCUGCGAGAUCGAUGUCGAGUACUUUCCUUUCGAUGAGCAAACGUGUGUUCUGAAAUUUGGGAGUUGGACGUAUGACGGUUUUAAGGUGGAUCUCAGACAUAUGGACGAGAAGGCUGGCAGUAACAUUGUCGAAGUUGGAGUUGAUCUAUCGGAGUUUUAUAUGUCAGUAGAGUGGGAUAUACUCGAAGUACCUGCUGUGAGAAAUGAAAAAUUCUAUACAUGCUGUGAUGAACCAUAUCUAGAUAUAACUUUCAAUAUAACAAUGAGGAGGAAAACUCUAUUUUAUACGGUGAAUAUAAUAAUUCCAUGCAUGGGGAUUUCCUUCCUGACAGUGCUAACGUUCUACCUUCCAUCCGAUAGCGGGGAAAAGGUGACGUUAUCGAUUUCAAUACUCAUUAGUCUCCAUGUGUUUUUUUUGUUGGUUGUUGAAAUCAUACCACCAACUUCCCUAGUUGUUCCCUUACUUGGAAAAUAUCUCAUAUUUGCUAUGAUACUUGUUUCGAUUAGCAUAUGUGUAACAGUUGUAGUCCUAAAUGUACAUUUUCGAUCACCACAAACGCACAAAAUGUCACCUUGGGUGAAGAGGGUGUUCAUUCACAUAUUACCAAGGCUCCUGGUGAUGAAAAGGCCUCAAUAUGUUUUUGAAACUAAUAGGUACGUUACGAAUAGAUUUCUUGUGAAAAGCAGGGAAAUAUCGUCAUGUCUCUACCCCUACCACACGACUCUACACAGAGAAGAGCCCACUCCUAAGCGGAGAUUUCCAAGCAGGACUCCCUCUAAAGAGGAGAUAUCCAGGACCUUGGCGGACGGAGGUCCUUUUGGCGGUAGCUGCCAAAUCCACGGUCCGGUGCUCCUUCCGACCCCGGACUCGGACGAUCCCGCAAUUGACAGCGAUACGGGCGGGAUAAAAAGUCCGAUAUUGCGGAAUCCCGCUUUUUCGCAUUCGAGCUGCCCACCAGAGAUUCACAAGUCCUGUUUCUGCAUCAGAUUUAUUGCGGAGCACACCAAGUCGCUAGAGGAAUCGACGAAGGUUAAAGAAGAUUGGAAGUACGUAGCGAUGGUGUUGGACAGGCUGUUCCUUUGGAUAUUCACGUUGGCUGUUCUGGUGGGAACAGCCGGCAUAAUACUUCAAGCCCCAUCCCUUUACGAUGAUCGGAUUCCAAUCGACGAAAAAUUUUCGGAAUUCGCCAGAACGACCGUUUUAGUGAAAGAAAAUGGAGAAUUUCAUCAGAACUUGGCAACUUAACCACUAGAGCCUUAAUUGGUUUUGAAUGAUUUGGCAGAUUCUAACAACAUAAAAUUUUGAGAACUUUAGAAUAAGUUUAACAAAUGUGAGUUCCUUGUGUUUCUUGGGUUCCAAAUUUUUCAGUACAAUCGAUAAUUGUGCCAAAUUCCUCGAUAAUAUCCCUUUGAUUCCAUGUGGUACAUUUGCCUUAGGAAUGUGGAAUACUGACAAAUUAACAUUUGGGUUCUUUACAUUAGUGAAAGUGGAGGAAAUCCUUGAGCUGAUCCUGUCUAAGAACCCCAUAUAUGUACCUACAUUUCAAAAUGGAUGAUGUUAAUGCUUAUGAAUUUUAUAUUGAAAAAAAACGAAAAUAUACCUGAAUAUGUAAAUAGGCUGUAACGUUUAUAUAUUUUACACAAUAGUAUGUACCUAUUCAGGUUUUGUAUCAAUAUAUACAAAGAAGAGUUUUUAUCAUUUUAUAUCGCUUCCGAAGCAUACUGUAGAUUAUUCACUGGUCGUAUUCACGUAGUGCCAUUAAUAUAAUGAAGUGGUGAGCAAGAAAUAUUAUGGAAAAUAUACGAAUAUUGGAAUAGCACGUUCAGAGUAAAUUCAUUUGAAUAAAUGAGUGAACAAUAGCUUAGGAAUUUCGAGACCUGUUGAAGAAAUGAUUAUUGGGAGCUCUUAUCAGACAAACAAUAUUUAACCAUUCGAAAAAAGGCAAAUAUCAUGAACAUUAGGAUACUGAUAAGAGAGCAUGAUGAAUUUAUUUUUUUAAUCAUACAGGGGUAUCUGGAACCUGACAUGAAAUUGCAAUUUGUAUAAUAUACUCGUUAUUGAUAAUCAUCACAUUAGGUAACUAUCCCUAGUUACCUAAUUGUCUAAUAAGUCCUACAUCUGUUUGGUACAUUUUCAAGACAUCAUGUUGUUAACUUCCGAACGACUCGAUUACAGGUGAAUGCAAUCUCAUUACAGCCAUUAACAAUAAACGAGACUGCUCUGAUAAUU